ACCGCGAUUCCAUCCGCACGAUUGUCUGGCCAACCUACGGAAUUGUCGAUCUCAACAUCAGCCUUUCUACCAAACCGGUAUAUCUUUCAAGUAUGGCCGCGUUGUAUACGUAUCGUGAAUGCAUGAGUGACACUGUUACGAGAUUGCUCAAUGAAAGAAAAGACGGUACGGGCUGCUUGAAUCUUUAUUUUCAGCGUCUAAUCAUCCCGCCGACCAAAGUAAUGAGUCGCAGUCUUCAAAUAAGUAAAGCAUAUAAGACCCUCUUCUACGCCCUUUGAUCUAUAAUCCACAUCAUCAUUCCCAUCAAUCAUCUCAUCAAGGCAUCAACAAGCAACUAUCAAAAUCGGUUCUCGUCAUAAAGACUACUCUCGACAUGAAGUUCCUCUUUGCCACCAUCGCUAUCGCUAGUACCGUCAUUGGCACAAUUGCAGCUCCCACCAGUCACCAGGGCUCUGUCUCCAAGAUCGACGAAAAUGGCAUCGAAAGGAUCAUUCACUGGGACCACUCGCGUGACCUCAAUGCGCGCCAAGACGACGAGGACAUCCCUCCUAUCCCUCCCAUUCCUUCUUCUGCCGGAGACGAUGACGACGAGACUCUUCUCGAUCCAGCGACUCCACGCAGUCUUCCUAUUGGGCAGAACAACGUCCAGGAUGGGAAAGUCAAGAUUCCAGUACGGCAGGGACUCACCGUCCGGUAAGACGAUGAAGACGACCAAAACGAUGAAGACGAUGUAGACGAUGACGACGACGGCCAAGGCAACAAAGGCGCCUCUCAUGAAGAUACUGCAGAUCAGGCCACAGGAGGGCAUGGAGAUGAAGCCGACAAAUGAGUAGUGUGGCUGGUGUGUGGAGGGAAAGCUGCUCGCGGGGACCACCGAUAGCGUCUAGUCGGUGUAUGCAAGCGAACGAUGUAUUGUAAAGCCGGUGAUUAAUCGCCAAAGGAGCAAUUGAUUUAAUAUCUUCACCUGUGU